AUGCUCCCGCCGUCGAGGGAUGAGCCACCGCCGGACCCGCACGGCUUCCGCGACGUCAUCGCACGACGGCGUAAGGCCGCCGAGGACGAUCGCGAUCGCCUCCGCUCGUUCGAACGCGCGUGCGCAUCCUCGCGGGAAGACCUGCGACGGACGGCGCGUGAGCUCGAGUCCACCGCUCGGCACCGUCACGCCGCGCAGCUCGAGUCACUCGCGAACGCGCUCAAGCGAGCGCGCGAGGUCCCGCCCGCGUUCUCCCCGUCGCUCAUCGCGGUGCGGUGGCUGUGGCGGCAGCUGAUGGACGCCAAACGCCUGGAGGAGGCGUCCGAGCUGGGAGCGCACGCGAGCGCCGUGGAGGAGCGAGAGACGACCAGGCACCUGGCCAACGUCGACGCGGAAAACGCCGCUCGCCUCGCGUCGGCGUGCGUGGGGCACGCGAAAGAGCUGCAGAGCCUGGCGGCGUCGCUCGCGAGCUGCGAACGGGAACUCGCCGGUGCCCACGCGCGCGUCGGGCGGAAGCUGACGAGGCCGGGCGUCGGCGCGGGCGAGGCGAGGGCGGGCGCGCAGGAGGCGAUUAAAAACGGCGCGCGUUGGAUCGCGGCGGCGAAAAAGGCUGCGGAGGACGUCGCGUCCAAAUCAUCCGAACGGUUCGCGCGCGCGCUCCUGGCGCUCGAGACGCAUACGCGGCGCCGGUGCGACGCGUACGCCGCCACGUACGACGCCGCGCAUCUCCCGCGCGACGAGACCACCGGCGAGGCGGCGUGGUCGGCGAUGCGAAAGCCCGGCGCGUCGGUGAUGAAGGCCAACGGCGUGGACAGGGCGCGGGAAGCGCGACGGACGCUGCGCGAGGUGACGGCGGCGGCGGCGGCGGGUGCGUCUUUGCGCGCGGAGGAGGCCGCGAGGGACGCGCGGCGACGGUACCGGCUGGAGCGGCUCUCCGCGGGGCGAGGACCGAACGACGCGGGGGGUGGCGACGACGACGUGGAACCGACGGCGGAUGCGUCGGCGGACGCGAACGCGGCGGCUCGGCGGCGCGCCAGGGAACGCGCCGCGGCGGACGCGCGAUGGAUCGAGCCGUCGGAUGAGGCCGAGGGUAUCGUCCCGACGCGUCCGGAGCACGAGGAGGUGGAGACCGGGGACGGGACGUCGGGCGGCGGGACGACGACGACAAACGCGGCCGUUCCCUCGAACGCGUCGCGGCGCGCGCCGGGGAAUCGCGCGACGCGGCUCGUCGGCUUCGCGGACGACCGCGACGGGUACAUGCGCGGCGUCGGGGUGGAGGCGAUCGUGGCGACGACCGCGGCGAUCGAGGCGAACGCCGCCCGCGACGAAGACGACGGGGACGACGGGGACGACGGGGACGACGUUGGUCCCGAGGGGAUUGCCGAACGUCGCCGUCGUCGAUGGUUCGACCUCGUGGAUGAUAGGCUCGGGCGGGCGCUCUGGCGGAGACGAUCGGGGAUGAAGCUGCCGCCGCCGCGCGUCGAGCCGACGGGUAAAAGGGCGGACGGCGUAAAGCCCAGGUCGUCGUUCAAUCUCGCGAGGAAGCGAACGCACGUGUAA